AAUCUUUAGUAUCCUAUGUCAUCUCGGCGCUUUGUUUUUCUUUUGAAACAGAAGACGGGAAGAAAACAUUUGUAAUUCGCAACAAACCGUCCUGUUUAAGUGAACUUAACAUUUAAUUUCGUUCAGCAUACCCUAAAAUGCUGAAAAUGUUUAAUUCGAUGUGAUCAGUCUUUUGAAAAGUGGCGAAUUUGUAGGAACAAAGACUCGAAGGUGUCCCGAUUGGAGGAAGGAGGAAUUCCAGGCGCUGGAAAGAAGGGAGCGAAAUCUUUGCUAGGAUGCUACCCGCAAGUUGACAAACACUGGAUUACACGAUUGACGCUGGCUUUGUGACGUUCUGAACCCGCAGUAUGUGUUUAUUAGACUGAUAUCCAGACCCGGGAAUACUUCGGUGGGAUUGUAACUGUUUAACUGUCUGUUUAGCCCGUAGCUAGCCACGUAGUUGCCUCAGUAGGAGGACAUUUAAAAUGGCGGAUGGUUGGCCCAUUCCCCCAGCUCUCCUCGUCAUGCUGCUGAGUUUCAGUGCCUGGACCAGCGAGUCUUGUCCCUCCUUGUGUUCCUGUCCAAAAGGACAAGACGAGGUCCAUAUUCUGGACUGCAACAGGAAAAGGCUAUCGACUGCUCCUCUGGACCCUCCGGAAGGAAUAAGCCAAGUCACGUUGAAUCACAAUGAGCUGACUGUUUUCCCGUUUCUUGGAGCCGUUUCUUCAAAUAUAACAUCACUUUCACUAGUCCACAAUCGGAUCUCAGAGCUGAAUAUGCAUCAGCUACAGCUCUACGCCUCUCUGGAAAACCUGGACCUAACAUCUAACUCCAUCUCUGAGCUCAAAGUUGGAUCCUUUCCAUCCAUGCAGCUGAAAUAUCUGAAUUUGAGCAACAACAAGAUCAGCAUCCUCGAACCCGGCUGUUUUGAAAACAUCUCCAGCUCUCUGUUGUUGCUGAGGCUGAACAGGAACAGAUUAGCCGUGCUGCCACCCAAAGUCUUCAGACUUCCUCAGCUUCAGAUCCUUGAAAUGAAACGUAAUAAGAUCAAGAUAGUGGAUAGCCUGACGUUUAAAGGGAUGGACUCGCUGAAGUCACUGAAGAUGCAAAGAAACGGCAUCACAAAGCUGAUGGACGGAGCGUUCUUUGGACUCAAUAACAUCGAAGAAUUAGAGUUGGAGCACAACAACCUGACCGAGGUUAAUAAAGGCUGGCUGUACGGUCUCCGCAUGCUGCGUAUCCUACAACUCAACCACAACGCUAUAGGCAUCCUUCGACCUGACGCCUGGGAGUUUUGCCAAAAGCUGCAGGAGCUGGACUUGUCCCACAACCACUUGACCAGACUUGAAGAAACCGCUUUCACAGGACUAGGUCUCCUGCAAGUCCUGAACCUGGGAGAAAACUCCAUCAGCCACCUGGGGGAGGGAGUGUUCAGUGGCUUCGUGAGUUUGCUCACAUUAGAUAUCCGUAAUAAUGAAAUCUCCUGGGCUAUCGAGGACUCCAUUGGUGUUUUUGAUGGAAUGAAGAAGCUGAACACACUAAUUUUACAACGGAACAAAAUCAAAUCCAUCACUAAGAAAGCAUUUGAAGGCCUGGAGGAACUGGAGCACCUAGACCUCAGCAAGAAUGGCAUCAUGUCCAUCCACCCUGAAGCGUUGACUCAUGUCAAGCUCAAAGUUUUUGUGCUGAACACCAGCAGCCUGCUGUGUGAUUGCCAUAUGCAGUGGUUGGGUCCUUGGUUAACAGAGAGCCAGUUCCAGCACUCUGUCCUAGCUGUCUGCGCUCAUCCUGCUAAUCUUUUCGGCCGCGCUGUUCUGUCCAUCAGCCCGGAUGAGUUUGUUUGUGAUGAUUUCCCCAAGCCUCAGAUCACGGCUCACCCUGAGACAUUUGUAGCAUUACGGAGCAACAAUGUGACUCUGAGCUGCGUCGCGUCCAGUAGCAGCAACUCACCAAUGACCACUGCAUGGCGGAAGGACGGGGAGGUGCUUUAUGAUGCAGAAGUGGAAAACUACGCCCGUUAUCAGGAAGGAGAGCUCAUCUAUACUGCUUUGCUUCACCUGCUGAACGUCAACUUCACCGACGAGGGGCGUUACCAGUGUGUUGUCUCCAAUCACUUCGGCUCCAAUUACUCCAACAGGGCCAAGCUUACUGUCAACGAGAUGCCCUCCUUCCUUAAAAUUCCGAUGGAUCUAACGAUUCGCACUGGGACCAUGGCCAAGCUGGAGUGUGCUGCAGACGGCCAUCCAUCGCCACAGAUCGCUUGGCAGAAGGAUGGAGGCACUGACUUUCCAGCUGCCCGGGAGCGCCGGAUGCAUGUGAUGCCGGAUGAUGACAUCUUCUUUAUUGCUAAUGUUAAAACGGAGGAUAUGGGAGUGUACAGCUGUACAGCUCAAAAUGCUGCAGGAAGUCUGUCGGCGAAUGCUACGCUUACUGUACUGGAAACUCCAUCCUUCAUGCGAUCUCUAGAAGACAGAACAGUGGCCCACGGUGAAACGGCGGUGCUUCAGUGCAUAGCCGGAGGCAGCCCGGCUCCACGACUCAACUGGACCAAAGACGAUGGGCCUCUGGUUCUUACAGAGCGCCACUUUUUUGCUGCAGCCAACCAACUCCUCAUCAUUGUUGAUGCUGGACCAGCCGACGCUGGGAAAUACACAUGCAUCAUGUCUAACACCGUUGGUACAAAACGUGGUCACAUCUACCUCAGCGUCUCGCCGUCUCCUAACUGUGACACGGGGUCACAAAGCUGGACUAUUGUGGGCAUCGUGGUGAUCGUCGUGGUGUGUUGUGUAGUUGGAACGUCGCUGGUUUGGGUUAUUGUCAUCUAUCACAUGCGCCGGAAGAGUGAGGACUACAGCAUCACCAACACUGAUGAGAUGAAUUUGCCAGCAGAUAUUCCCAGCUACUUGUCCUCUCAGGGAACGUUGUCGGAGCCUCAGGAAGGCUACAGUAACUCCGAGGCCGGCAGCCACCAGCAGCUCAUGCCUCCACUCUCCAACGGAUACAUUCAUAAAGGCACGGAUGGAUUGUACUACGGAGACACGAGUAGUGAGGUGGAAACUGAAAGGAAUGGCAUGCUGCACUGCAAGAUGGGCUCUCUGUUCACCGGCCGUAGCAACUUUCAUCCUGUGGAGUCCCAAGAGGGAUUAGUGGGAGCCUCCUCUGGAGGCGCAGGUCCUCUUGUGAUCUGCUCUGACUGUUAUGACAAUGCCAACAUCUACUCCCGAACGCGCGAGUACUGCCCCUACGCCUAUCUGUCGGAGGAUGAUCAGCUGGACAAGACUCUGCCAGGCCUCAGUGAGCACGGCCGUCUAGAGGAUGCUACACUGGAGAGCCUCAUAUGCAACCAGGACCCUUCAGUCUUGCUCACCUCACACGAUAAAAGGAUUAGCGCUCACGCUGCUCCCGAGCACCAUGCUAAUGAUUCUCUUAGCAGAUGUUUCUGGAGAGAAGGAGAAGCUCCAUGUUCAUUACCCCAGCUCUCAGUACAUAGGACACCUCCUCUGAGCUCUGCUGCUGAUGGAGCAGGAGAACAGAGUGAAACAGAAGCCAGUUAUAUCCCAAACCAACACUUUCAGGGACACAGAAGUGCCUCCAGUAGGACUAACACGCAGGAGCAUCCGGCUCCUACAUAGGACAUAGCUGCGUUGGCCACGGACUCGUUGCUGCACCUCUUCCUCACGCUCCACAUUGACCUUUGACCCACUACCUCCAAAGAGAUUCUUCACAUUCUGCCAAAGAUGCUCUCUUGUAUGUUUACAUUCCUGUUCACUGAAGAGGACACGCCCACAUUCUCCACUAUGGGAAAUCUGCUGCGUCAGAUGGGACAAAUGGAACGCUGAUUAAAGUGACCUUCCUGACAUCACCACCUCAGGAGCGCGCACCCUCCCCCGCUAUCAUCCCACAUCUUUGGUCUCCUACAAGAGAAAAUGGUGAAUGUAUGCUUUAAGGGACCAUGUCAGAUGCUGCCUCGAGAGGACACGGACAUAGCCGGAUCCCCACUUAGCGGUCCCUAUUGCUGUGGGACGGAGUGUCUCCUCAUUCCCGGUACAAACAUGUGUUAGAGGAGCCUACGUGGCUUUGGGCAGGGGGGCGGGGGGUAGAAGGGACCAAUCCAGUCCCCUGACCAGCAGUAUUUGGUAGAUGAUCCUAGAAGCCAUGCCUCCUAUGUUUUCACAGCCAUUCUCACUUUUAUGCAAACUCCAGAGACAUUCCCACCAUUGGUGUGUAUUGUGAAUAUAAAUAUGAAUUUAUAGUGCAUUAUCUUCAUCAGUUCUCACAGUUUGCAAUGAUUAUUUCCAUGUUUUUACAUCUUUAGAAUAAUGAGCAGUUUGGGAGGAACAGUUUUUUUGCACUUCAGACAAUCCGAGUUUUGCAGAGUUUUUCCUGACGAUUGUCUAAUAUAUUUGCCUUUUUGUUUUUAAGCAUUCAACCUCACUCGUGUCCAUAUGGUGUGGUUUUCUUUAGAUUUUAAUACACCAUGCACUGAUUUGUUAGCCCUUGUAUUUUUAUGUUACAGUUACUUAAUGGUGGCAGAUGUCAUUUGCAGUCUACAUGCUGUUCCACAUCUUAAAGGCUUUUCAUCUUCUAUAGAUAAUGAUGAAGCCUAGAUUUCCCCCAGGACUGUGAAAAUGAGAAUGUAUUGUAUUUUAAUUGUAUGUACAUGUAAAUAACAUUAUCUAUUGAAUUAUAUGUGAUCUUGUAAGAUGGA